CAACAACAAAGAAUACUGUUCUACCAGAUCUCGGCAAUCCAUUAUGGCCGACGAUGGAAUGCUCCUCAACUUCUCCAUCGGUGAUGAUGUCCUCAAGACCGAACCCAAAUUUAAGGGAGGGACCUGGCGCGACCGACUGAGCGCGAAGAAAAAUGUACAACGUCGCUCCAAAGGACCGAGAGGAGGCGCAAAUGACGGGAAGGAUGGCAAGGAAAAGCAGAAUCCAAACAUGAUACAGAUUUCGUCGUCUUUCCCUCGACCUUCUAAGCGACAGAGGAUGGAUGAUGGUGGGGAUUCAUCCAAUCUGAAUAAGAACCACCCUCAACAACAGCAGAACCAGCAGCAGCCCCGCCAGAUCGUGUCAUCGUUGUUUUCGCGAAAUCCAUUGCCCCAGAAAAUUGACCAGGAUACAUUGAGUGCGGGCGAAGGCGCGGCUCAAGAUGCUAAGCCGACCAAUGCGCCCCUGAUUGACGGACUUGAUACCUUCACCGAUCUGGGACUCUCGCCAACUCUAGCGGCGCAUUUACUUACGAAACUGGAAUUAAAAGCUCCUACCGCAAUUCAGAAAAGUUCUAUAUCGCAGCUGCUGAAGGAACAGUGCGAUGCGUUUAUCCAAGCUGAGACGGGAUCCGGAAAGACAUUGGCUUAUCUUUUGCCUAUUGUACAGAGGAUUAUGGAUCUUUCAAAAAAUUCUAAUGGUCAAGCCGAAGCACAAAAAUCCUUGGAGGCAGCUCAAAAUGGGAAGCAACAGGCCACUGUACAUCGUGAUAGUGGAUUAUUCGCGAUCAUCCUGGCGCCGACUCGAGAAUUGUGCAAACAGAUAUCUGUUGUAUUGGAGAGUCUCCUCCGUUGCGCGCAUUGGAUAGUUGCAGGGACUGUGAUUGGUGGGGAGAAGAAGAAGUCAGAGAAAGCUAGGCUGAGGAAAGGGUUGAAUAUCCUCGUUGCUACACCGGGAAGAUUGGCGGACCAUCUCGACAACACACAGGUAUUGGAUGUCAGCAAUGUCAGAUGGCUUGUGCUGGAUGAGGGUGACCGGUUGAUGGAUCUUGGAUUCGAACAAGAGCUCCAGGGGAUAGUACAGAAGCUGAAUGCCAGACAACGGCCGAGUCGGAUCCCGGGCGUUCCUGCAAAGAGAACCACCAUUCUCUGUUCUGCCACAUUGAAGAUGAAUGUGCAGAAGCUGGGAGAGAUAAGUUUGAAGGAUGCAGUGCAUAUCAAAGCGGAUCCAGAAGAUGAAGAAGCCGAACAGGCGGCAAAGGCAGCGGACGGGGAUUCGGCCUUUAGGGUGCCUGCCCAGCUCAAACAGUCUUAUUCCAUCGUGGCUGCGAAGCUACGAUUGGUUACAUUAACUGCAUACCUGAAGCGAACAUUUAUGCGAAAGGGCUCGGUAAUGAAGGCCAUCGUCUUCGUUUCCUGUGCGGAUUCGGUCGACUUUCACUUCGAGGUAUUCACAAGAAAACAGACCAUAAACGACGAAGGAGGAGAAGAUGAGAAAUCCGACAGCAGCAAUGACAGCGACAGUGACAGUGACGAGGACAGUGAUAACAAGAAGGCAGCACACCACCAAGGAAAGAAAACCACCGUUGCCCAACCUCCCUCACCCCAUGGCACAAUAGCCCCCGCAACAGCUUUCUCGAAUCCCUCAAAUACGGUAACAUUGCAUAAACUCCACGGCUCACUCCCUCAACAUGUCCGAACUUCCACGUUAUCCUCCUUCGCCAAAAACCGCAACGCGUCCGUUCUCAUCUGCACGGACGUCGCCUCUCGCGGUCUGGAUUUGCCAAACGUCGACCUAGUAAUCGAAUACGACCCGGCCUUCAGCUCAGAAGAGCACCUUCAUCGCAUCGGUCGUACAGCGCGUGUAGGCCGCGAUGGCCGCGCACACAUCUUCCUCCUACCAGGCUGCGAAGAGAACUACAUCGAUAUCCUAAAACGCUCGUACCGGGACGGGGGAAAAGUGCUGACACGAACAGACACGAACGACAUCCUCAAGCGCGGGUUCGGACUCGGAUCCACGCUCGCUGACAACAAAGCGAAUCAGAACUGGGAAGAAAGGGCCACAGAAUGGCAACUCGACGUCGAGCGUUGGGCACUUGAAAAUCCAGAGAUGCUCGAAAUGAGUCGCCGAGCCUUUCAGUCCCACAUCCGCGCCUAUGCGACGCACAUUGCUGCCGAGCGCUCGAUUUUCAAUAUCAAAGAGCUGCAUCUCGGUCAUUUGGCGAAGAGUUUUGCGCUACGGGAUCGGCCAAGUAAGAUCAAUGUGCCCGGUCUCAGACAAGGGAAGGAUGAGACGAAGAAGGAAUUCAAGGCUGAAAGGAAGGCCGUGUCUGCGGCAGGUAAGAAGAGGAAGGCUUCUUCUGGUCGCGGCGGCGGCGAUGAUGACGAUGAUGUCGUGCGUAAAGCUUCUGCAACAGAUGCGGCGGAGGCGGCGCGGAAGAUGAAGGCAAAGAUGAGGGAGCAUAUGGCUGGAGCUAGCGAAUUCAAUCUGGCCUAAUUGAUCUAGCAUUUACGUGUUUCGAUUAUUGCCAUUAUUAUAUUAUGCCAAAAAGCAUUUUGUUGUAUCCGUCGGAAACCUAGUAGAUAUCCCAUAAUGAAAUCUUCCCAUCCUUCGAACCAGCCGCUAACCAGUGGGUACUCUGUACCUUGUGAUAUCUCUGCCGUUGAAGCGCAGCGAGAGAAUGUUCCUGUCGUGAGAUAUCACUGCUUGCUGUCUCGCCAUCACCAGAGCCAAAAAUCUCGGCAAAGGAAACAGUAAAGCACCCAUCCUUGUGCCACUUCAACACGGCCAACUCUUUCAUCGUCUUACAUGAGUAGACCCUCACUCUGUAAUCCCAACCUGCGGUCGCAAAGAUUCUCCCGUCCGAUCGUAUCCUAACACCCUGCUGACCGGCAUGCUUGGUGUUGACUAUUUUCAAGGGAGAUUGUUCCACGGAGAUACUACCACUCUCACCAGUGACUGUGACUCCAUGAAUCAAAGAUCCAGUAGAGAGGGCAGGUAAAGGUAAAGAAGGAAUCGGAUGCAUCCCCAAAACGGCAUCUGCAGAAGAAGAGAGAAAGUAUUCCUUCGAUGGGGAGACGUCGAUGCCCAAAAUGGGCUGAGAAUGAGGACGGUUCGAAUACAGCCUUUCCCAUUGCCAGGGUGUGUUAUUGUUUUUACCAUUGAUCAGUUCCUCUAAUUCCUGAAAGCCCGUGGAAUUAGGACUCGGGUUCCGACAAGCGAAGACCAUGACGUGUCCGUCUUCGUAGGCGGAGCA